CAGCACCGACACCGCUGACUCCAAGCUGAAGGCCUUCUCCGCCGCCCUAGCCCUCUCGUCCAUCCUCCUGUCUGCUCCCCUCCCCGCUGCCGCCGAUAUCUCGGGCCUCACUCCCUGCAAGGAGUCGAAGCAAUUCGCGAAGCGGCAGAAACAGUCGAUCAAGAAGCUCGAAUCGUCGCUGAAGAACUACUCUCCCGACAGCGCCCCGGCGCUGGCGAUAAAGGCGACAAUCGAGAAGACGAAGAGAAGGUUCGAGAACUACGGGAAGCAGGGACUGCUGUGCGGGUCGGACGGGCUUCCGCAUCUGAUAGUGAGCGGAGAUCAGAGGCACUGGGGAGAGUUCAUAACUCCGGGGAUCCUGUUCUUGUACAUCGCCGGGUGGAUCGGGUGGGUUGGAAGAAGCUACCUGAUUGCGAUUAGGGACGAUAAGAAGCCGACUCAGAAGGAGAUCAUCAUCGACGUGCCACUCGCCACACGCUUGGUUUUUCGGGGAUUCAGUUGGCCCGUUGCUGCUUACAGAGAACUCUUGAACGGCGAACUUAUCGCCAAGGAUAUCUAACUCAACAAACAAGGAAUCUAUCUCUUCCCUUCUUCUUAGGGGAUUUGAUUAUGUGUUAAAUUUGGUCUGGUUAUUGUUUGUGGCUAUCGGAAGCGCUUCUAAGAGGUGAGCACGGCUCGCUUUGGUUCGUAUUUAUUGUAAAAAUUAGAAUCGAAUCGAUAAUGUAAUUAGUUUGAUUUGGUUUGGAUUUGUUUUUUUGUAUAUGUACUCGAACCAAAUUAAACCGAUUAAGAACGGAUUGGUUAGCUUUGGAUAA